CGUUCCGCCGUUUUGGGUGAACAUUAUAAACAAAAAUUAAGCAAGAAUCGUACAAGUCGCUAACUUGUUUUAAUAUAUUAUUAAUACACUACAUUAUAGUAUGAUCUCAAAGAAAACAUGAAUAACAAUUUUAUUUUCUAGAGUAAGGUACCUACUGCCUAUUAAUAAUUGUUGUACGAGAUUGAGUUCAAUAGACAUUUAAUAUGAGUGAAAUAAAUAAUGAAAAACCGGAAAUGUGUAUUAAGAAUAGUGAUCAUUUAUACAGACUCAUAAUAAGUCAACUUUUUUAUGAUGGGCAUACAUCAAUCGCUUCAAGCUUAGCUGUCAAAGUGAAUGCUGAUCCACCUUGUUCUCCAUCGGAUCGACUUAGGAGUGUAGUGAUAAAAGGCUUACAACAUGAAACCGAUCGACAAAAAGAAUCUGAACAAGCAAUAAACUCAAAUCCAAUCCAACAAAUGUUAAUCGGACCGGGGAUUGAUUUGGAAUUUGAUACUGAUGUUAUUUGUACUGCUCCUGAACCAUCGCUUUAUGAAACUGUAUAUGUAACAUCCCACAAAGGUGCCUGUAACGCUGGUGCUUUUAGUCCGGACGGACAGUUAAUUGCAACAGGAAGCAGUGAUGCAUCAAUCAAAAUUUUGGAUGUUGAAAGAAUGUUGGCUAAAGCACAUGAGAUUGGUAGCAGUGAGAAUGAAGCACAAGGACAUCCAGUAAUUCGGACGUUGUAUGAUCAUUUGGAAGGAGUGACUUGCUUGGAGUUUCACCCUAACAAACCAAUUUUGGCUUCAGGUUCUAAAGAUUGUCAUGUUAAAUUUUUUGAUUAUUCAAAAAUAACUGUAAAGAAAGCAUACAAGACAAUAACCGAUGUGGUACCAAUAAGAUGUAUAAGUUUUCAUCCCCUUGGAGACUAUAUGAUAGUAGGCACCAAUUGCCCAAUCAUAAGACUUUAUGACAUAAAUACAGUUCAAUGUUAUGUUAGUUCAGUUCCUAGCCAACAACAUACUGGUCCUGUUACAUCAAUAAAGUUUGAACCAGGUGCAAAAUACUUUGUGUCCUCUAGUCGAGAUGGUUCAAUUAAAUUGUGGGACGGCGUGUCUAAUAAAUGUGUCAACACAUUUGAAAGAGCACACAAUGGUAGUCAAGUGUGUUCUGUGACAUUUUCGAGAAAUGGAAAGUACAUCUUAUCAUCAGGCAAAGAUUCUUUAGUGAAACUUUGGGAGUUGUCUACUAGUAGAUGCCUGAUUGCAUAUACUGGAGCUGGAACCAUUGGAAAACAAGAACACCAUACUCAAGCAUUGUUUAAUCAUACUGAGGAGUAUGUCAUGUUUCCAGAUGAAGUCACUACAUCGUUGUGUACAUGGAAUGCACGGAAUGCUUCUCGGCAGAAACUUUUAUCACUAGGCCAUAAUGGACCUAUUCGUUCAAUAGUGCAUUCUCCAAAUUCAGCAGCAUUUUUGACUUGUUCGGAUGACUUUAGAGCCCGUCUUUGGUAUAUAAGACACUUGACUGGAGCAUAA